AUGUACACUGUACACUCUCAUGAUUCAAUGAUUCACUGUAUUUGCCCAUGUCAUGGCAUCUCCUGCCCCGUCUUCCACGCCCUGCUUGGUGUUGGCCCUAUGAGGUCAGGGUGCGGGUGGAGGGUUGGCCUUCGGGGUGCGCAGGACCAGUGCCCUGCCACCAAGGACGAGUCCGAGUGCAACCGUGCAUUGAAGGAGUUGUGCUCAGCCGAAUGCUGGCAGCAGGCACUUUGUGUGGCGGAUUUGAUGCUGCAACAGUCCUUGAGCCUCACCGAAGGCAAUCGUGAGCUGGAAGCAGCGUUGAGACGCAGGAGCUCCCGUGUGCGGCCACCACCGCCCAAGAGGAAACAGGCCUCCAAGCCUGCUGGUCCCAGACCCGCGGAGCCUCCUGUGGAGGGUGAAGAGCAGGAACCUCAGGCGAAGAGCUACCGGCGCUUACCCAGCGGAGAUGUCUUGAUCGACUUGCACGGGCUGCCGGUGGAGGUGUCCAAGAUUGCCGUGCAGGUGGCCAUCGAGGACCUGGUGCUGGGGCCUCCGGGCGUGCCGGCGGCGGACCAGCUCGGGGCGCUGAUCAUCGUCACCGGCGUGGGCAACAACAGCCCAGGGAACGUGCCGCUGAUCCGCCCGGCGGUGACCUCCUUCCUGAGGGAGGAGCUCUCGCUCAAGGUCCUGGAUAACCGCGAUGGGCCUGGGCGCCUGCGCAUUCCGGCAUCAGAGCUCAGGAAGCUCCGAGGGGUUCCGCGCCCCAAGAGAUGA